UCCAUCCAUCCAUACAUCCAUCCAUCCACAGUGAAUACUAAUCAUUAGCUAAAAUCUACAGUCAGAUAAAUGUUGGGAUUAAUAACUCACAAUUUUGAAUUAUGUUUUUAGGGCCUGUUUCAUUCUAACUUGCUGACAAUUAUAAGUUCUUUUGGUUCCAAUUGGAUUGCAAUAACAUGAAAUAUUUUUCCAUCCAUCCAUUUUCUGUACCUGCUUAUCGUAUUAUUUCCUAAAUUUCGUACUCUGUCAGUCUGUCUGUCUAUCCAUCCGUCCAUCCAUAAUACCAGUCACCCAUUUUUGCACACACUGUGUCAUGCCCCGUUCGGCCCAUCCUCGCGUUACCUCGUGUGGAAUUCCCGUGCGAUCAGCUGUUUCAAGUUGCUGUCAUUAGUUCUAUGUAUUUAAGUCUGCGUUUAAGUAUGUAUCACCAGUCUGGUCAUGUUUUGUGGUAGUUCUAUGUUCCUGAGUAUCUUACUCUUCAAUAAAUCCCUUGUUCUCCGAUUUCUCUAUCUCCCUGCUCCUGCUUCCCCUAAUUAGAUAUUUUUGAGAGCUAUGGGGCUAAGUCGAGCAGUAGGUUACAGUUAUUUUAUCUUGUCUUAUUUUCAUGUUCGUUUUCAAUCUCAACAGGCAAAAACAGACUUGACAAGUAAAAAUAAAAUACAAAAACAUUUUACAAAGUCGUAAGUAGUCUAUAAAGGAAUGUUCGAUUUAUUUAAAUAGUAGUUGCUCUUUGAAUAUGUGUCACUUUAGCUACCAAAAAGAAGACCGCCUGAGGAUUUCACACCAGCAGAGGAGCUGUGGCCUGUACUACGAAGGGGGUUUAACCAAAUCAGACUUAACCCCGAGAGUUGCUUUGAGGAUCCCAUGCUGUCACUCUUCAGAGGAGAGUCAAUUUCAUUGUGGAAUGGAACACGGCGCAGCAGCUACACACCGCGAAGAGGAGGUAUAAGUUGUGUCUUUCAUCUAUUAUAAUGGGGAUUGUGCGAUCACUAGCUAAUAAGAUGGACGAACUAACAGCACUAACCCGGAGUCAGAGGGUGUAUCAGGAGUGUAGCCUGUUGUGCUUCACGGAAUUAUGGCUGAACCAGGAUAUUCCCGAUGAUAAUGCAUCUGUUAAAGGCUUCCACACUCUUCCGGCUGAUACGGACAGCUCCGCGAGAGCCUCCUGUGAAAGACCUGACACCCCUCUCCCACCUGUCACUUUCACGUACGACCAAGUUUUGAGACAAAUGAGAAGACUCCUGGACCAGACGGGGCGCAAUGUCCUAGUGGCUCCCACGGACUACAGACCUGUGGCACUGACUUCCCACAUCAUGAAGACCAUGGAAAGACUCAUCCUUGACCAGCUCUGUCCUAUGGUCAGACCACAUCUGGACCCCCUUCAGUUUGCUUACCAUGCCUCUCUAGUGUCUUGGAUUGUAGAUUACCUGACAGAACGACCUGUGUUAAAAACGCAACUGCACUGCGUAAAAUGGGCCUAUUUUCUGAGGCGGUUGAGGUCUUUUAACAUCUGUAGGACAAUGCUCAGGAUUUUCUAUGAGUCUGUUGUGGCCAGUGCUAUUGCAUGCUGGGGCAGCACGCUGAGGGUAGCGGAUGCCAACAGACUCAACAAACUGAUCCGCAAGGCCAGUAAUGUUGUGGGGAUGGAGCUGGACCCUAUAAAGGUGGUGUUGGAGAGGUUGUCCAAGUUCAGGACAAUGCUGGACAAUACCUCCCACCCACUCCAUGACGUGCUGGACAGUCACAGGAGCAUGUUCUAAGAUUACCCAAAUGCUCCACUGAACGACACAGGAAAUCAUUCCUGCCUGUGGCUCUCUCUGUACAACUCCUGCAUCUAAGCACAGGUGUACACUGCAGCAACUGUAUUUACACCAUAUUAGUAAUUUGGGUAGUAUAGUAGAGCUAUUUGCAGGUAGAGCUAUUUGUAAUUUGUUAUAUAUUGUAUUAUUUAAUAUUGGUAUUUUAACUUGUUUUACUUUCUUACUGUCCUGAAGCAACUGUAACCACAUAAUUUCCUCAGGGAUUAAUAAAGUAUUCUGAAUCUAAAUCUGAAAGAGAAGCACAACUUGCAAUUAGCCACCUUAAAUUCCUUUUCCCAUGAUUGGACACACCUCUCUAUGAAGUUCAAGGCUUAACGAGCUGAUUUGGUGUUGCAAGUAAUCAGUAUUGAGCAAUUACAUGCAUUCAAAUCAGCAAAAUUACAAAGGUACCCAAAUUUUUGCACAGCCAGUUUUUCACAUUUGAUUUCAUACAGUUAAAUACUGCUUCACUAAAAAUCUUUGUUCGGAAAACACCCCAUUACUCAGAUGUUCCUAGGAAAUGAAAGACUUACCAGUUAUCUUUUUUGGAAGUAGAGUAACUUAUUAUGCAGGCUGAGGGGUUCCCAAACUUUUUCAUAUGACUGUAUAUAUACAUACAAUAAUGAAACACUCACACACCUAUUCGGUUUUGAAGUGACAGCAACAAUAUAUGAUUUUCUUAACAUGCUUUAUUUUUAAUAACAUGUUCUUUGUAAUUGAAGUAAAUGUGUAAAUUCAUGCUUGGUCACAUUGUCAAGCUGUUCCUGUUAGCCACAAUGAUGGAACCAAAGUCUCAUAUCUGUAAGCCAGAUUUAUGAAAAUAAACCGGGAUUUCACUUUUGCUGUGUCGAUGGAACAUCCCCCAUGUUUGAGCUUACGGAUUGGUUGCUGUAGAGUUUCGAUAAACCAAGAAAUCCGGGAUCUAGUCAAAUUGUCAACAAUUAAAUCCGGAUGAUUUGU